AUGGACGCGCCCGGCCAGCAGCCCGCCAGCCCCCGAGCGGGCCCUGAAGUCGCGGCGGCGGGACGGGCUCCGAGCCCGAGCCCAAGCCCAAGCCCAAAGCCGAGACCGAGCCCGAAACCCAGCCCGGAGUCGGCCAUCGAGGAGGAGGAGGAGACGGCGUAUGUGGAGAUCCGCGGCUCGCCGCGGGGGCCAGAGGAGAGCCACCAGAGCCCCGAGCUGGCCCCGGCCGGCGGUGUGGAGCGAGUGGCCGGUCCCGCACGGGACAGCGGAGCCGGCGGCACUGAGGAUGGCGGCUCGGCGAAAGGUGGAUCCUCGGGGGAGGCGACGGGGCCAGCAUCCUCGGACAGCGGGAGGGAUCGACCGCCUUCCCCGGCGGAGGUGGCGGCGGCGGCGGGAUGCGGAGCUGACACCGGCCCCGGCCCCGGCCCCGGCCCCGGCUCCGGCUCCGGGGGAGCGUCAGGGAGCGGCGGGCCGCCGGAGCUGGGGGGCUGCCCGGAGUCCUCCUCCUCCUCCUGCCCUUCGCCGGUGACUAAGACGGACGGCUUUCCCGCAAUGGGCGACCCGGUGUCAACGGAGGGCAAAACCUCCUCGUCCUCCUUCGGAUACGAAAGCGAGGAGGAGGACGAGGUCGCGGGGCGCAAGGCGACCCCCCCCGGACCUCCCCCGGGCACCCCCCCCGGCGGCGGCCGCGACGAGGCGCACUAUAUCAGCACACAGGAGAUCCAGCUGAGCGAGGUGGACCACGAUAUGGACUUCGACGCGGGGCUGGCCGCCCGCUGGGACUUCGAGGAUAACAACGUGAUUUACUCCUUCGUGGACUACGCCUCCUUCGGGAGCGACGAGACCCCGGGGGACACGCUGACGGAGGAGGAGGAGAAUAGCUGCUACCUAAGCACGACCACCAGCGACCCCAACAACCAGACGGACAGCAUCGACAACACCAGCAGCACCGAGAUCGUCAGCCUUACCUCCGAACACGACACCCCCGGUGGGGACAAGCGCGCCAGCUCGGGGGAAAGCCGGUCCAAGCAGUCCGGCCGCCCCGGCGGGAGCCCGGCCGCCCAGCUUCUCCUAUCAAUCAAAGCCGCUUCCCGGGCUAUAAAUGAGUCUAGCAACGUGCGUGGAAAGCAAAACACUGUUUACGCUGCCAAGCAUGAAGGCGACAUGAGCCUCCGUGUCGCCGCGGCUCCCGACCGCAAUGCGAGUUUAAAACAGGACGCGGUCCGCGACCACACGAAAAAGUUCAUCGCGGUCCCCGCGCGGCUGCAGACCCGGUGCGGGGCCGCCAGGGCAGGGGAGCACUCGAGCGGCGCCUCCAGCGCCGUCAGCGAGCUGGACGAUGCCGACAAAGAGGUGCGAAACCUUACGGCUAGGGCUUUCCGCAGCCUGGCGUACCCCUAUUUCGACACCCUGCGCCCCGGCUCCCGCGCCUCCUCUGCCUCCCUGCCCGACAAUGCCCUGGGCAUCAACCGCUGGUCCACCUACCUGGACCUCAAGUGUGGCAGUCUGGGACCGAGAGCCGAGCCCAGCUUGCUGCGCUCCGGCCGCUCGCAGACCAAAGCCCUCGAGUUCGUGGUCAGCAAGCUCGACGGGGAGAUCGCCCACGUCGAGUCGCCGCGGCGGCUGCGGGCGGGCUCCCGGGUGGUGACCCUGCUGGACCUCGGCGAUGCCGCCGAGGCCGGGGAGCCGCCAGCGGCAGAGAGCGGCGGGAAGGGAUCCAGCAAGAAGUCCAAGUUCGCCUCCAGCCUCCUCAAAAACGUCAUCUCCAAGAAGAUGCAGCUGGAGCACGAGUUCAAGAUGGAGCGGGGCGAAAUCACCGACACCUCCUACACCGGGCCGGGCGCCGGCCGGGAGCCGGACCCCGCCGGUGGCGCCGGCCGGGAGCGGCAGCGGGAAGUUGGCGUGCAGCGGCAGAGCUCCCGGCACUCUGAGGGCGGCUCGGACUGCACCGCGGCGGCGGCGGAGGAUGCGGGCGAGGGCGGCGGUGGUCGAUCGCCGGCCUCCAAGGCAUCAACGCCCCGCGAGGGGAACCGCAGCCUGGAUAGGGCACUGUCGGAUGAGCUGUGCGAGGUGAAGCGCAGCGCCUCGGAGGCCAUCAAGGCCACCUUCCUCCGCAGCCAGAACAGCGCAUUCAGGUCCUGGAAGGAGCGGGAGGCAGAAAGGAAGGAGGAGAGGGCGCCCGUCGGCAAGCUGAAACUCCCGCACAAGCAGGACUGGCGAGCCGACUUGGGCGAGAUCUCCGCCGGCAAGUCCACCAAGAUGUCCCGUCUGUUCGUCCCCGCAAUUCAGCACACCCCCCGGGAGAAGGAGCCCGGCAAGCGGGCAACCAAGUGCUCCGCCGCCGCCGCCACCUCUUCGCCCGCCGCCGCCACCACUUCGCCCACCGCCACCACCACCUCGUCCCCCGCCGCCAAGCCCAAAGCACCCGAGAUCAAGAUCAGCCUGGGCAGCGUGCAGCAGCCCCGGGACGCCGCCUUUAGCAUCGCCCAGCUGCUGACGCCGCAGAUUGCAGGCCGGCCGCUGGAGGAGGGCAGGGGGCAGCACAUCAAGCCGCUCAAGGCCGGCGACGGCCACGACAAGGUGCCGCAGUUCCUGGUGCGCGACGUGAGGGACAGCAAGUACAGAGCCCAGGGGAUCCUCCACCAGGUGCGGGACGUGCGGAAGCUCAUCAAAAGCUCCUACAGCGCUGACUCGGGGGAUAACAGCAGCGACAAGGGCAGCGGCGCCUCCGAGCAAGGCGGCCCUGAGCAGAAGUCCCGGCAGCAACUGGUCAUCGCCGGUGUCCCCCGGUCCCUCUCCCCCGUGGUUAUCACCUGUCAGGCAGUCGGCCACGCUGGCACCAAGCCCACUGAGGCGGGGGCCAAGGCGACGAGCAAGGCGCCGGCCUGUCCCCCGGAAGGCACCGUCCUGGUGCACCGCACCUCGGGCAGGUUGCCGGUGGCCACCAUCGCCCCCAACAAGAGCGAUGCUCGCCAGCCGGCCGUGCUGAAGAUCGUCUCUAAAUCCUCUGCGCCCUGGCGGCACCAGCCCCCGCCGCCGCCCGCCGAGAGGGGCCGGGGGUCGGAGGAGGAUCCGCGGGAGGAGAGCAAGGCGGCGCCCGUGCAAAACGCGCUGGAGAAGCUGACGGCUGCGGUGAGGAGCAUGGAGGAGCUGUACAGCUUCAACAAGCGCGAGUGGAAGCGCAAAAGCGACCCUCUGCCCAUCACCGACAGCCACGUCCUCUCCCUUAUCGCCAGCCAGGAGCGAGGCGCCGGGUCCCGGCCCGCCGCUGCCGCUGCCGCUCCCCCGCCGCCGCCGCCGGCGGAUAAGGCGGAGGAGCCGUCGAGCAAGGGGCCAGGCAGCGAGCGGCUGCCCCGCCGGCCCUCCAACAACACGGCCGAUAAGGUCUCGGCCAAGGCGGCCGCCUUCGAGAGCCUAGCCCGGCAGCGGCAGCGCGGCCCGCCGCCCCCCCGCGCCGAGCCCCCUGCCCCUCCCCGCGCCCUCCUCACCCUCCGCGGAGCCGGAGGAGCGGGAGCCCCCGGGCCGGGCAAGCCCCCCUCCGCGGCAAGCCAGGCACCGCCGCGCUCGCCCCGCCUGCCCGGGAGCGGGGGCGCCGGCGAUGCGGAGCGCGGCCCGGACUGCGGGAACUACCUGGCCCUGCCGCUGAAGGCGCCCGCCGAGCCCGGCUCCCCGCCCUCCCCGGUGCCGGUGUCAGGGGCGGGUGGCGGCGUCCGCCCCAGCCCGGUGUCAGCGGCGGCGGCGGCGGCGACGCUGUGCAGCCUGCAGCCCUUCGGCACCGCCAAGCCCUCCGGCAGCCCCAGACCCCCGCCCGGACCCCCGGCCGCCGAGGAGCCCCCCACCGCCGCCCCGCCGCCCGCCGAGGGCACUCCCGCCACCCUGUACCGCCCGCCGCUGCCCUUCGCCGCGCUGCCCGGCGCCGCCCCGCCGCUGCUCUGCUUCUCGCCCUCCGUGCCCGCCGCGGCCGCAGCGACCGAGCCCUUCCCACAGACGCAGCGCAAGGUGCUGCUGGACGUGAGCACCGGGCAGUACUACCUGGUGGACACGCCGGUGCAGCAGCCUCUCAAGCGGCGCCUCUUCGACCCCGAGACCGGGCAGUACGUGGAGGUGCCGGUGCCCCAGCAGCCGGCCGUCGCCCCCGUCCCGCUGCCCCUCUCGCCCCUGGCCCUCAAUGCCGGUGCCUACGGCGCCACGUACAUGCUUUACCCCGGGCUCUUGCCCACCGCCACCGUGCUGCCCGCCGGCGCUCUGCAGCGCCCGCUGUCCCACUCGGGCAGCGAUGCCAGUGCUCCGGCAGAGCCUGGCAGCCCAGCAGCAGCAGAGGCAGCUUUUGCCGAGAGUCCCUACUACGUGGCUACCAGCAAAGGCCCGCCGCCGCCACGGCACGGGGCAGCCGAGGCGAAGCCGGUCAUCAGCAUAACAGCGCCAGCCACCGGCCCGAGGAUCGUCGCGCCGCCCUCCUUCGACGGCACCACCAUGCGCUUUGUGGUAGAGCACCGGUGAAGGGCGCAGGGAUAAGGAAGAAGAAUUACGCUUCUUUAAUUUGAAAUACAGUUGGUAACUCUUAAACAUUCAUCCUAAAAACUGCUUCUACAGUUUUCUCAAUUUUUUUGCUUCAUCAUAUGAACCAAGUGUGUAAGUUUCUUGUUUUCUCCUAAGUGCCCCUCAGUUUUGGAGUAUGCCUGCAUUUAAUUAUGUGAGCAACGCUAAAUUACUGCAUUAUUUUGUGCAAAGUUGGUUUUGUGUUGAAGCCAAUCUGCAGGCUUUAAGCAUUGCCUCUGUGCUGGUAGCUAGUGGUUUAUAAAAUGCAGGGUGUAAAGCAGCAGUGUUUCAGUGUGGAUCGACGCACAGAUUCAUUCAGGUCCCUCAAUUGUGUGGUGAUGAUCCAGUGCAGCCCUGCAGCUCUUUAAAAGAGAGAAAAAAUAAAGCCCUCAGCUCCCUCCUAUUGCAGUAAUGAGGGUCUUCCCUAUAGGUUUUGGUAACAAUUUGUGAUCAAAUGGGGUUUUGUACUCUGUAUUUCUCACUUGGAAUUGCAAACCGAGAGAGCUGUAGUGGUAAAAUUAUCUUUAGUGUUUAUUUUUUGGCAUGGUUCAAAACAAAUUGUGUAAAUGUCAGGAAACACAUUUGAUUGGUUUUGUUUUUUGUUUGCUCCUCUGUACUGUGUUGAACAUCACAAGUUGCCUUAAUCAUGACAGUGUUUAAAUGCUGGGAAACCAGAAAUUGAAUGUAAUAUUUUAAAAUCCUGGUUCUAAAGGAGAGGACAGCAUUUAUUUUUCUUUAAGACUGCAGCCCAUUCUUCCUUAAUUUGCAACAUUGCUAAAAACAUGAUCCUAGUCAUUUCCCUGGGAAAGGAAUUUUUUAAUGUUACAGCCCCAAUACGACACAGUUGUUUUUUUAGCUGUUGUUUGACAGGUUUAUCUGAGGCCUACAAUUACACUAUCUGUACUUGCUAAGAAAAUAUUUAUCUUUUGAACUAGAAAAUAUAAAAUAAGAUUACUCAAAAUGCAGUGAUAUUUAUGUUGAACUCUACUUAAAGAGAUUGGUUUUUUACUGGCAACUGAUCUAUCUCAGCAAAAGACAAUUGUUAUCAUGACAUUAAAACUAAACUACAGCAGUCUGCUCCCUGUCCAAAAUGUCAGUUCAGUGAAGCACUUUGGGUAGCAAAUAAAUGUAUGAGCAAGCCUAAAUUAUUUAGCAUAAAGCUUCCCUGAGGUAACAGAUUGUAAUUUUAAAGUCUAAAUGCAAACCCCAAAAGUUUAUACUUAAGCAUUUGCCCACAGGCAGAAUUUUCCUGCGCCUGUUUUUGAGGUUUCUUGAAGCUAAGGAUGUUUCAGUGUUUUCCAUUUUUAAAAUAAGCCCCAAAUUUUCAUUUUCUUGAGUAACUCUCAAGAUACAGAAAACUCAGCUAGAUCUGUCUUUGACCACAUGUGUGAGAUUGUAUUUCAAUGCGAUUUAUUGAUUUACGGGCACAAAUUGAAAUUGCCCUCAGGAUGAAAUGCACUGCAGGUAUACAGAUAGUGAGUGAUUUCUCAUAUGUCUUCUCAUGUAUCUUCAUAAUUGUGGAAAUCCAAUGAAAAAAUACUAUUCUAACCCUUUUUAAAGAGCUUGGCGUGCCCAGCUAGAGCAUAUAACGUGUAGGCUUAAUCCCUGUGCUCCUCAGUUGUACAGUCUACAGUUACAAGCUUUAACUUCCUAUUGGGAUGCAGGCUGAGUGCCUCUUAAAGGAAAUGAAUGCCUCCUCCCCGUUUUCAUGACUGAUAAGUCUGUUGUGACUAGAUUAUCAGCGUUAAAUGAAACAGUACUUGGGACUGCAGGACAGUGCAGGUACCAGCGUAGGUCGUCGACUGUGACACACACGUGUACAGUACGCACACUAUAAUACUAGCAUCCGUGUUUAAAAGUGUUUCUGUCCUAUCUUUUCCUAUAUCGGUGCUCGGAGUGAAGUUUCACAUUGCAGUUUACAAGAUAUAGGUUUGCACACACAAACUCAGGUUUACAGUUUCACCCGGUGUACUUGAAAGGGGAAAAAAAAUAAAUGCGUAGAAAACAAGUGCCCAGGAUUUCAACAUGUAUUUGUUGGAGGAAAAUUUUGCAGCACUUUUCUUUUACUGCCCAUAGAGACGAAAGCAAUGAAAUGAGGGAAUACCAACAGCUAUUUUUUUUCUCAGGGGAGAUUCGAUUGAAUGUGUCAGUCAUAAUGUCAAACCGUGUUUACUUAAUUUUGUCUGUUACUAAAGCGACUUUGUGUUUGCAUCAAGGGGUCAGUUUUGGAAGGUCCUUCGCUUUGCAGACCCAGUCCAGCAAAGCCUUCAUGUGCAUCUCUCACUCGAAAUAUCUGAGCAGAUUGCUGGGGACUUCAGUGGAAGCGCAAACCUUUUUUUUCCCUUCUCCCACCAAUGCAAUGCUUUGCUGAACUCGGCCCGGAGUGCUGAGUGCCUUGCAGACCCAAGAACUGGGUUCCUCACUUUCUACAUAUAAAACCAGAGCUCUGGGCUUGAGUCUAGCUGGACCCAGCAGAUAACAUCACAAAAGCUCACCAGAAAAAAAUCUGGUAAUAUGGUGCUCCUCCAUGUAUACCCAGUGGUGAAUUUCUCCAGUUGAUAGGGUGAUGUGUAACCACAUAUCUUGGAUUAGAGUCAAGCCCUCCAUGUCAGGGUUCACAAGCUGCUAGUAUUAUGUGUUUCACGGUGCAGUCAUACUAUGUUAUAGCUGAAAUUCAGCCCAUGUGCAAAGCAGGGCAAAAUCCUGUGCACCACUCGAGUUCCCUCCUGGCCCUGCUGUCAGAGUUCAAGGGUUGCAACAACCAAUUAUCCAGGUGUUUUAGGUCAGCAUCCAGUUAAACGUUUGAGCGGGACUGGAGUGAUGCACCAGAAUGUUGCUCUGGUCUUUUGCAGCAGGGUUGUUUUCACUUAGUCAAAUUUAACCCUUUGUGAAUGAUUUAACAUGUAUUUAUGGAUUGUGUGGGGUGUUUUUCCCCCUUGUCUGCAUUCAAAGCUACCUUUAUUCUCUAGUGUUGAUGGCUAAAGUGUCAUUCCUUAUGCUUAUAAAUUACCAUUAACUUGUGGCUACCUGAGAACACAUACUUUAAAAAUGCUUGUGCUUUUUUCCUUCCUCUUUCUUUUUUUAUUUCUUCUUUAUUUUCCCUCCCUUUCUUUUUCCUCCCAUUUUUAAGGGGGUGGGUUAGUUAUCAGUGUAAAGAUAUUUAAAAGUGCAAAUGUGAAGUAAGGAUAAUGAUUGUUAAGAGGAUGUGGGUGGUAUGUCUGAUGAGAGAGCGGUGGGCUAUAAGGCAAAGGGGAAAAUGCCAUGAACGUGAUGUGUUGAUGGUUGUUGCCUGUGGAGGAAAAAAUAAGAAAAAGAAGAUACAUAACUGGAGAAAAAUGGACUCUUUGAGCUGCUCUCAAUGUAGAUGACACUGUGGCAAGUUCUUAGACAAAACAAGAAGUGAUCCUGCUGCGGGAUGCCUUGAGCCUGGGAUUGAAGAACAGCGGAGUCACUCUCAGAAUUGUACUAGGAGCGUGUUGCACAUUGGGAACACUUCAGUACAUCAUAGCCAUGGGAGAACAAACUGCCUGAAACCACCAAGUACCAAAGUUUGUAACUGAAUGAGUUAGCAUUUGUAUUAUGUUGGGUUUUUGGGGGUUUGUUUUGGUU